GCGCAUCAGGCCGCGUCUGCCUUGUAUUGUACUCCCGCUAUGGUCGCCCGCCCCCAGUCCUCUGCGGCCGGCACGCUCGCGCUGCUCAAUGAGCCUGACCCAGUCUUCAAAGAGCAUGCGCUCAAGGUGCUCAACACGCUUGUCCCGCAAUUCUGGGCGGAAAUAUCAGAGCAGAUCACUACAAUAGAGUCCCUCUAUGAAGGCGAUGAGAUCUCUGCAAGUGCAAAGAAUGUGGCGGCAUUAGUCGCGAGCAAGGUCUACUACUUCCUCGGGGAAUACGAGGAGGCGCUCUUCUUUGCACUCGGCGCGGGCAACGCGUUCGAGCAGGAGACUGCUGUCCCCGGCUCGGAGGAAUACGUGGAAACCGUCGUCUCAAAGGCGAUUGACCAGUACAUCUCGAUGAGGUCAGAGGACACUGGCAGCAAGAUCGACCCGCGUCUACAGAACAUCAUUGAGGGUAUCUUCUCUCGCUGCAUCCGUGAUGGGGAAUACAAGCAGGCUAUUGGAAUCGCACUUGAGGCGCACCGUCUGGACAUCGUCUCCCAGAUAUAUGAUCAGACCAACGACCCAUCCCUCCUCUCCUACGCCAUGGAGGCCGUUGUUGACACGGCCUUCUCCCUCUCGUACCGUGACGAGGUUCUCAACUUCCUCUUCCCUCUAUUCCCGCGACCAAAGUCUGGCGAGGCUUCUCCCUACGCGCACGCGUUGACGCGUCUCCUCAUCACGCUCAGCAACUCGUCAUUGACGGUCUACUUCCUUACCUCCCUUAUUCCCAACGAGAAGCUCCUUGCAUACCAGUUCGCAUUCGACCUUGUGGAGAGCGGUGCGCAGGACUUCUUGGCUGCUAUCCGGCGAGAGCUUCCUGAAGGCGAUGAGACCACGAAGGACAUCUACGAUAAGCUUCGUAUGAUCCUGACUGGGGAGGAGUCCGUGAAGCUCUACCUCGAGUUCCUGAAGAAGAACAACAAGGUCGACCUUCUCAUCCUGAAGAACACCAAGGAAGUCUUGGAAGCUCGCUCGUCCGUCUACCACACCGCCCUCACCUUCCAGAACGCAUUCAUGCACUCUGGCACGACAUCCGACAUCUUCUUGCGCGAAAACCUGGAGUGGCUUGGUGUGGCGACGAACUGGGCCAAGUUCACUGCGACCGCUGCCCUCGGUGUCAUCCAUAAGGGCUACUUCGAGCAGGGCAUGACCAUCCUCGGACCUUACCUUCCCCAAGAAGGUGGCGAAAGCACAAUACAGGGCGCCGCUUACUCUGAGGGCGGUUCCCUAUACGCUCUUGGCCUGAUCAGCGCGGGGUGUGGUUCCGGCGUUGUGGGCUACCUACGGGACGCUCUCAAGGCUGCGCAAGGCGAGGUCGUCCAGCACGGUGCCGCACUCGGUCUUGGCGUUGCGGCUAUGGGAUCUAACAGCAUGGACGCUUUCGAGGACCUGAAGAACGUUUUGUUCAUGGACUCCGCUGUCGCCGGUGAGGCUGCCGGCUUUGCUAUGGGCUUGGUCAUGCUUGGUACGGCCGCGGAAGACCCGGUCAACGAGAUGUUGGUCUACGCUCGCGAGACUCAGCAUGAGAAGAUCAUCCGCUCACUAGCUAUCGGUGUUGCCUUCAUCUACUACGGCCAGCAGGAGAAGGCGGACGAGACCGUCAAGACGCUGCUGAAGGACAAGGAUCCCCUUCUCCGUUACGGUGGUGUCUACACUCUUGCCCUUGCUUACGCCGGUACCUCUAAUAACAGCGCCGUUCGCCAACUGCUGCACAUCGCCGUCUCCGACACGUCUGAUGACGUCCGGAGAGCAGCGGUCACUGCGCUCGCGUUCUUGCUGUUCAAGAACCCGGGUCAGGUGCCGCGCAUCGUGCAGUUAUUGAGCGAGAGCUACAACCCGCACGUCCGUUGUGGUGCCACUCUUGCCCUCGGCCUUGCUUGCGCUGGUACUGGUCUUCAGGACGCUGUCGAGAUUCUCGAGCCCAUGACGAAGGAUGGCGUUGACUUCGUUCGCCAGGGUGCUUUCAUCGCUCUCGGUAUGAUCCUCGUGCAGCAGUCGGAAGCCUCGUCGCCAUCAAUGGCCUCGACACGCGUUCUGUACACCAAGGUCGUCUCCGACAAGCACGAGGACCCGAUGGCUCGCUUCGGUGCCGCCAUCGGGCAGGGCUUCGUCGACGCCGGUGGCCGCAACGUCACGAUCAGCUUGCAAAGCCGUGCGGGCGGGCGGAAUACCAGCGCCAUCGUUGGCAUGGUGUUGUUCUGCCAGUUCUGGUACUGGUACCCUUUGGCACACUGCGCUUGCUUGGCUUUCGAGCCUACCGGCAUCAUUGGUCUGGAUGGCGACUUGAAGGUGCCUAAAUUUGAGUUCAUCUCAGACGCACGCCCGAGCCUCUUCGCAUACCCGCCAGCAACGAAGCCGCCCAAGAAGGAGACUGUCACGAAAGUUGCGACCGCGGUCUUGUCGACGACGGCGAAGGCGAAGGCCAGGGAAAAGAAGAAGGCUGCUGAGGGCGAGGGCAUGGACUUGGACGAAAAGAAGGAGGGCGAUGGCGACGUCGAGAUGAAGCCAGAAGAAGAGGCCAAGCCCUCCACUUCCUCGACACCAAAACGCAAGGAACCGUCGUCCGAAUCGUUGCCUAACUUCUCUCGCGUCACCCCCGCGCAGCUCGCCUACAUCAAGUUCCCGCCCGAUGGUCGUUACCAGCCCGUCCGCCCAGUGUCGAUCAAGCCCCCGCCACCGCCCGCGUCGAAAAAUGCGCGGAGCAAGGCGCAGGCAGCGGCGAUGGGGCUGACGACGGAGGCCUACAUCGGCGGCGCUGGUAUACUUAUCAUGGACGACCGGCGACCUGGGGAGCCUGCUGAAUUCGUCGAGUUCGAGGCGGUGAACUUGGCGGGGCCGCCGACGGAGGCAGCACCGGAAGCGCCAGCAGCAGGAGCUACGCACGGUGCGGGUCGGCAUAUUGCGUUGGACGAUGGGCCGGAGGCUGAGCCGCCUGCGCCAUUUGAGUAUCCCUUCGACAACGACACGUAGAUGAUGGACCUUGUAUUGCAACUUUACUUAAUCAAAUGUUCUCUAGCGACUCCUUUUUUGGCGUGAGUUCGAAGUGCUAUGCCACCUGCAGACUUGCUGGAGAGACCUUCAAGUCAGCGAACCGUGAUGCGUGACCAGAC